GGCGCCGCACGCGCACACACGCGCCACAGCUGUCAGUGAGCUCCCGCUGCGCCGCGCGUCCGCGUCUGCGCAUCACGGUCCCUUCCAGCGCGUUGAGGCCGUGCGCCGCCGCUCACCGGAGCUGCCAGAGUGGAAGCAGGAGGAGCCAUGUCCGCCAGCACAGCCGUGGAGUGCGUGCAGCUGUCGGAGGCGCAGGUCAAGGUGCUGGAGAACUGCUUCAACAGGGAAACCAAGCAUCCGGAGGGGAUGACGCUCAUGCUGAUCGCGGCGGAGUCCGGUUUGUCGGAGGAGCAGACGCUGAAGUGGUUCGACCUCCGUAACGCUCAGUGGCGCCAGUCGGAGGGGCUUCCAGCCAAACGGGGGUCCGUGUUGGACUGACACCGGCCUGGAGCUCCGGCACCACCCUAUUCUCAACUGGACCCCACGCCCCCGUUCCCCUCCUCCCCUUUGUAUCUAUGAAGCUCUAUUAACUUACAGAAUGUGAAGGUGUUUGUGUUGUAACCAUUUGUACAGAAAUAAACUUGUUAUUCUAA